AUUCACCAAGAAAAAGAGGAAGAUGAGACGCACCAAUCAGAACAGACAAUCAGAACAGCUGUCUGCCAUAGACGCUGAUUGCAGCCAAUCAGCGUCACUGACAGAAUUUUAAAAAUUCAACCGCCAUUGUUAUGUUUCUUAAUCAGGCUCCGCUCACUGUUCGUUGGGCUCGAAAGAAAUAUCUCUCAAAAAUGGAGUCUAGGUUUGCUGACCUUCGGCGGCGAGACACGAGUGUGUCAAUGCUUCGAGUGAAGCAGUCACGCCGGAGAUCUCAAUGCCAAAAACAGAACCGGGAGCAGAUGGUGAACACUCGCAGGCAGCUGGACAAACUGCCAGAAGCGGACGUGUCUUCCCAGGACGUCUCCAUGGUGACUACCAGCAUGUCCACUGUUCAGGAGGAGACACAGAUCAAAGCCACACCAGCCAACACUGCAGCAGCAGACAGGCUGAAGCAGUUGCAGAAAUGGAAAGAGCAGAAAGAGCUGAAGAAGGAAAAGGAAAAAAGAGAGAGAGAGUCAAAAAGAGUGUUCAAAACUGGCCUCUAUCAACCCAGAGACCCAUUCAGUUUUGCUCCGCUGCCUCCCGUCCCGUCUGCUGCAUCCAGUUCCAGAGAGAAAAAAGUUAACAUAGCUCCACCCCCGAGCAGCAGAGUCACUCGCUCCAUGAAACAGCCCCUGCAGGAACCACAGAGGCCUCUGGCAAAGCAGCAUCAGAACACUCGGGUGAACAAAGUCCAGCCAGGCGUUGAGCGCCCGACCAGGAGCCGUGCUGCUGCUUCCAAACCCUCCGCUGCCACCAAGACCAGUGCAGGCUGUCCUGCUGCGUCAGGGCCAGGCGGUCGAGCAGUAUCGACCAGAUCGGCCAACAGGCCUCCGGUUACUAAAGCUCAGGCUCAGGCGAAAGACAAUCCUAAGGCCAGAGACGGAAGAACCACAAGGAACAUAGCAAUUGUCAACCCUCUGCUGCCCUCGCCUGGAGAAGGAAGGAACUGUAAAGCUGUUAGCACCACAGUCCAGCCUGAUGAGCACAUGGAAGCUGAGGUCACUGAACCUCCGGUCCAGGAACAAGAGAAAACCGUUUGUCCUCCAUGCCCCACGCCUGGCCGUGAGGACGGAGCCACGGCGGUGAGCCCAGCUCCAGAGGCAGCCGCCCCAGCUGCGGGUUCUGCUGCGGGUUCUGCUGCUCCUUCAUUUGCCCCAGACGGUUUCAUCUUUCAGGCCCCUGCCGGCCUGUCGGCCUUCAAGUUUGAUCCUCUCACCCCCCGAUCAGCAGAGGCCUUCUUCACUCCCAGGCCCAGUUUCACUCUCCCACCACCACCAGUGUUCAGUGAUGAACCUCCAGCUGAGCCUGUAGAGCCCACUCCCCCCAAGCCUCCCGGCUGCUCUCCCCUGCGCAGCGUUCCGACCUCAGCCAGCCCACAUGAGUCAAAGCAUGACGUGUCCUACUUCAGAUCAGAAAUGUCCGAGACAGACAGACUGACAGACCUUUGUCUCCGCUGGGAGUCCAGAGUGGAGGACGAGACCAUCCCAGAGGAGAUGAGAGAGCGAAUGCGCACAGCAGUAGGCCAGGCCAGGCUGCUGAUGAAGGAGCGCUUCAACCAGUUCAGCGGCCUGGUGGACGACUGUGAGCUGAGCCGCGGAGAGAAGGUCACCACCUGCACCGACCUGCAGGGCUUCUGGGACAUGGUGUACUUCCAGGUGGAAGACAUCAACAGGAAGUUUGAUGCCCUGAGAGAAGCAGAGGGCCGCGGCUGGUUGGAGGAGCUGAAGCCGCCCCCACGACGGAGGAGAGCGGUGAAGAAAACUUCGGCCGUUACCGCCAAGCCGACAGGAAACAAAGCUGCAGCCAAGUCUCGCCUGGCGGCGGUGAAAGCAGCCAUGAAAGCCCGACAGCAUGCAGAGAAGGCAGAGGACACAGGGGGCGCUGUUGGCAGGCAGGAGCCACUGGAAGGUCUCUCCCAGCUGGAGAGCCCGGCCACACCAUCAACCCGGCGAUCCAGCCGCCUGAGCGCAGCGGUGUUGCCCCAGACGGUGUUGCCCCAGGCUUCCCCUGCUCCAGGUUACCCCUCACCCCGGAGAGUCACCCGCCACUCCCUUGCAUUGACCCAGACCCCUGUUCCUGCUCCCCCCGCUCAGCCUGUCCACUCUGCACAGAAACACCUGGACUACAAAUCCCAGCAAGAAGCUCCUCAUGUCUCCCAGAAGCAGAACGCUUCUCUCUGCUGCUCUCCUGAGAUGGAAGUUCCUUCAGACGAGCCCCAGAACCAGACGAGUCCCAACCAGUGCUCUGAGCAGGAAGCGGUGUCGGAAGACCUUUCAACUCUUUCUGUGGAAAACAAACCCAGUAAUGUCAUCAACGUCAGACUUUGCCCGUCUCCAUGUCAAACCCCUGCGGUCCAACCACCAGCCCGUCCCCCAUCCCACCAGGUUCCCAUGGAGACCCAGCCGUCCAGCUCUCCCACUCCAGAUGUUUCAGUCGUUGAGGAAAUUCCUGGUUUGGACUUUGAACGUUAUUUCCAGCCGUCGCAGAGAUGCAGUAUGUCACCGGGGGACACUGUUGCCAUAGAGAUGUCGUCAUCUAUAGAAAUGGAGAGUCCUAAAGGACAACCUGAGGAGCUGGCAGAGCUCUCAGCGGUGUCUUCAGUGUUCAGUCCUCAAUCACUACAGGUGCAGACUGCGCAGUCGGCCCUGCUGCUCUUCACCCCGGACCUGAAGGACCGGACACGUCUGUCCACCUGUCCAAGUGACCUCAUGGUCUUCACCCCUCCAAACAUGUAAAAGUUUCUCUUACAUUGCUCUGUUUUAACUUAAACAUGUCAAAACAGAACAAUGUUUUUGACUUAAACAUGUCAAAACAGAACAAUGUUUUGACAUGUUCUGUCAAAACAUUGCUGGGUGGACGGUGCUUGGUUCUUGUUGGUCUCUGGAUUCACGUUCACUCAUUUUCUCCUCGCUAUGACCCUCUAAGAACUCCUCUAGAAAGAAGAAACAGAAGUAGUCUGGGGAAAAAGAAAAAUCUGAGUUUUGUAUAUUCAGUAGAAAAUUUUACUUAUUUUGAA